AUGGUAUGGCUACCUAAAGGCCUCUGCCAUCCAAUAUUGACCAAGUUCAACGCAAAGACAUCUUUUAUCAAGAAUAACCAAGAACUAAAGUUUCCGAAGCGGCCUAUUUCAGUUUGGUACAAACAUGGUCCGACCUGUUUGGUUUUACCAAAAGAUUUAACUGUCCACAUGGAUGUUGAGCUAAAUCCUGGUCCUUUGAAGAAGAAACCAAUUUAUUUGCUAACCUGCCUACCUACGGUUUCUGGCCUGGUCUCGUAUCCAGGUAAUAAACUGUUGUCUACGAAUAGUUCUGACACCCGCCAGGUUGGAAUUUGUGGUUCCUACUAUUCAGACGUCUUUCAUCGAUUUUCUUACUGGCCUUGUUCUUCGCCAUCAUCAUCGACCUACAGGAGAUGCCGCGCUGGCCGUCGAGUCAGAGAAAGGAAAGCUAGAAAUAUUCACAGAAUUGAAUCCCUGGUUUCUUAUCCACGCGCCAGCCGAGGAAGCAAUAAUUUGCAUAAAGGAUCCAUUUCACAUAACCUUUGCGUCAUCACACUUGUGAACACAAACAAUAACGUAUCCUCUAAUGUUACUUCGACGAACUCCUCAUUUCAUGCAAAUUCGCUCGUUAAUCCGCGUUCAAUUCUAAACUUUGCGGACUUCAAUUCAAGAUCUGUUAGGAAUAAGAUCGAGAGCAUCAUUGACCACGUCGUUGAAAAUGACAACGGCCUCUACACCGUUACCGAGACCUGGUUGAAUGACGCUGACUUCGUCAGUAUUGCUCAGUUAUCUGUGGCUGGCUAUUCCUUCAAGAAUUUUCCUAGAAAAUCGCGGUACCGGUAUUCUGUUUCGAGACUCUCUCAAAGUCUCAUUAGUGGAUGGGAAGAAAUACAAUCCUUUGAAUUUUCGGAGUGGACUGUUAAAAUGCACGAUCGCUCUAUGAGAUAUGUGAUAGUGUGUCGACCUCCAUAUUCUUCGUUACACCCCGUUUCUACCUCUGUCUUUUCCGAUGAACUCUCUCAGUUUUUAGAGAAUGUUUACUGGAAACGUUCAGUCUUUCGCAACACGUUUCGGGCCCGACCCAUUUAUCGGGUCAUACCUUAG